CACAUUCGAUCUGUCCAAUGUCAUGUUUGAUUUAGAUGUCUGUCCAAGGUUGUUUGACCUCUGUCCUGUUCUCUUCUGUUUGUCUGCAGUGUGCUCAAGGCUGAGUCAGCAGAAUCUGAUCGGUCAGCAGCCCUCUACCUAUGCCAAGACAUACAACGGGCAGCACUGUCAGGCCCAAUCAGAUGUCCCCAUGUGCUCAGAUGACGACUGGGUCUCCAAAUGCCCCUCUGGCUGCAGAGUCCAGGGGAUGAUCUCACAGAUGGAGAGCGAGGUAGAGAGAAAACUGAGGAUGGUGUGCAAGAAAGCAAAGAUGUACGAAGACGCAGCUGAGAAGACCAUGAAGGCGAUGACGCACGUCUACAACCGCAACCGUAGAGUCAUCGUUGACAGAUACAUUUCAGAACUGAAGUUUGUGGAACACAGCCAAGGACUGGCGAGAAACCUCACGUCCCUACGGAGGAAAUCUUCAAGGCUGUCAAAGCAGCUCCAGGAGCUGAACCAUAAAGUCCAGGAACAAGUCCGAGAGUUGUACCGUACAGAGGUUGAUAUUGACAUGAAACUCCGAGCCUGCCAAGGGUCCUGCAAAGCGGUGGUACCAUUCACUGUUCGUCAUCAUAGUUACGAAACUCUUCAAACUGCCAUGCAACAACUGGGCAAGGGUCUGAAGAAGAAAAAGGCUGCAGCUGUGCCUCUUCAGGACAUCCCACACAUCAACCUGCAGCCUAUAGAUGUGAGCCAGGUAUCAUCCGCAGACUACAAGACCAUACCGACAGUCCAAAGAGAGCUGCUCACUCAGUUUGAGGACAUCGGACAGAACCGGAUUUUUCUGGAGGAACUGCUGACGGAGUCUGAAGGUGUGGAGGCUGACAGUCCAUCUGAACUGGAGUAAUGAGUUCAACUAAAGGAAAUGCAUUUUCAAGCGGGGGGGGGGCUGUAGACCUGGAGUGGUCCACCAUAACAAACACGUUAAAAUUAAACUGGCUACUGGUGGUUUGAAGGAUUUUAUGGUGCUCUGUCCCUGCAAAUUAAUGUUUCUAGAGUGGUGGUUUGAUUGUUUUAAAGUGGUUUCUUUGAAUAAAAAAAUUAUUUAUG